CGCACACUAAGCGAAAGCCCGCACACCCGCAACUCACCUUGGGAUUUUACACCUCGAAUCGAGUUGGAAGACUUGCGACGACGACAACGACACCACCCCUUCGCACACUCCCCUUCUCGACACCCGGCAAAAGCCAUCCAUACCCACCAUGGCUUCUACCCAGAGUGUGCAAUGCUUCGGCAAGAAGAAGACGGCUACUGCCGUCGCCCACUGCAAGGCAGGCAAGGGCCUCAUCAAGGUUAACGGCCAGCCCCUCUCGCUCGUUCAGCCCGAGAUCCUCCGCUUCAAGGUCUACGAGCCUCUUCUGAUUGUCGGCCUCGACAAGUUCGCCGGUGUCGACAUCCGCGUCCGCGUUACCGGUGGUGGUCACGUCUCUCAGAUCUACGCCAUCCGCCAGGCCAUCGCCAAGUCCAUCGUCGCCUACUACCAGAAGUACGUUGACGAGCACUCCAAGAACCAGCUCAAGCAGGCUCUUGUACAGUACGACCGCACACUGCUCGUUGCCGACAACCGUCGGGCAGAGCCCAAGAAGUUCGGCGGUCCCGGUGCCCGUGCCCGCUACCAGAAAUCCUACCGUUAAACGGCU